GAACCGCUGCACGCGUGAUCCGUCGGAUGGGUGUGUCCGCGUGCAUGCGUGCGUGCGUGUGUAUUUUUGCGCGCAAUGCUUUACCUUUUAGUACAAGUGAAUUCAUGCACCGCAGCAAAUUAGAUAAGAGAUGUGAGCAGAGAUAAGAGGAGAACGAGAAGACGGAGGAGGAGCAAAGGAAACCCCACCCAUUCUGUCUGGUGUCAAAGCUGAUAACUAGAGGAGGAAGGUUUUUGUAAGAGCGCAUGAGAGAAGAUCUCAGAGGGAAUGAUUCGAGAGGGAAAGGAGAUGGAGGAGUGUGGAAUGUAGAGAUUGUAAAAAGUGUGACGAAAAAGAAAAAGAAAAAGAAAAGAUAGGAUAGCAGUCAAGACCGAGACUUUGCUGUGGUGGAGAGCUUCAGGAACAGGGAAACAUCAUCAUCAUCAUCAUCAUGGCCUUCACAUCCAUGCUAAGAGCAAACUCCUCUUUAACCGCCCCAGAGGCCGCGUUGACCACCUCCCCCUCCCCCUCGACUAUCAUAACCAGCUACGGAGCAACCGUAGCAGGAGCUUUGAUCCUUAGUGUCGCCUUCGUCCUGGGCAUUCCCGGUAACCUCUUCGUCAUCUGGAGCAUCGUGGCUCGAAUGCGUCGCCGCUCGGUCACCAGCACGCUUAUCCUUAACCUGGCCUGCGCGGACGGCAUGCUCAUGGUGCUCACGCCGUUUUUCAUCAUCUACCUCGUCCAGCGGAGCUGGAACUUCGGUCUGGCCAUGUGCAAGAUCCUGUAUUACUUCUGCUGCGCCAACAUGUACGCCUCCAUCUUUCUGAUCACGGUGAUGAGCCUGCACAGGCUGGUGGCCGUGGUGUGGCCGCAGCGUCUCGGCAUUUUCAACACGCACAGGGCUAUGGUCCGGGCACUUUGGGUGAUCUGGGUCCUGGCUCUGGCUCUGGCGGUGCCUGUUUUAAUAUUCCGAAAGACCGAUAACAACGCCACAAGCAAUGGAACUGUGUGUGACUGUCUACACCCCGAGCCUAAAUAUACAGUGAUGCAGUACACCAUGGAGACACUCCUGGGCUUUUUACUGCCGUACAGCUUGAUUCUGGUCAGUUACGGACAGAUCCUUCUCCGGAUUCGCAGCACGCGCUUUCAGAGACGCAUCCGCAGCGAGAAACUCAUUCUGGCCAUCGUGGUCACCUUCGCGCUUCUCUGGCUGCCGUAUCAUAUCGUCAACGUGCUCCAGGUGUAUGAGGCGUUGCUUGGGAACCCCAAAAGUAAAAUACAUGACAUCAGGACGAUGAUGAGACCCUUCGCGGCUCCAGUGGCCUUCGUCAGCAGCUGCAUCAACCCCGUCCUGUACAUGUUCGCAGGGAAGGCGUACAUGCGCCGGGCGGGUCUGGGCUUCAUGGCGCACCUCUUCGAGACGACGGGACGUGAUUCGGCGUCUCGUAAAUCUCAGAACCAUCAGCGCGAGAAGGGAGAAGACGAUGGAUUGCGUGAUAAGGAGUCGGAAUCCUCGACGAGCGCAAACACGACCGUAAACGCCAAAGCUAUGUGCAUGAUAAAUGGGAAACAGUGACUAAUAAGACCACCGCUUGAGAUGUCAGGAUAAGAAGGAGGAAGAGGAACGGACAUUCCAGGAAGUCGGGAGGAGGUUUAUACUGAUACUGUGUAGCAGAGUGACUGGCUGGAUCAGGCGAAGUCUACCUUCUAGUGAAAGCAUCCUGCUCGGUUAGGUUGGGGUUCAGGUUUACGUCUGCGUCCAUCAGGUGGCGACAGAAACCUGUCUUUCACUCAGGACGCGGGAUAAGCGGAUCAGCAAAGAGAUCACGAAAUGCAAAGCUAAAAUAUAAAUUGGAGUAAAAUCUCGCCGAAUAUUGUACAGUUGGGAGCAAAAGUUUGUGCGAUGACAAAAUUGUUCAUCUUCUUUUCCAAAUGUAAAGUGAACACUGAAAAAUAUGAUAUGAUGCUCAUUUAAUGGUAUACAGACUUGUCAACGUUUAAGAAAGCCCUGGACAGGUUCAGAUGCCCUUUAUUUAAAUUUUUAGAGCUGACAGGAGGAGAACCCGAUGUGGUCUUCUUUGUUUGUAGGUACUGUUCAAGGUAAUGCGAUGCUUUUACCUAAACCUUCCCAAACCACUCUAGUCAUUCUCCUCCCUCUUAGACCAUCUAUUUAAAAAUCCACGCUGACAUGUACAAUAGUGACGCCUUGAUCUUGAUCUGCUACACGAUUGGCUGACCGAAUAAAAUCAGGACUACGCUGGUGUACAGGUGUUUCUAUUACAAAGUGGCUGAUGAGUGUAUAUGCAUGACGUCACUGCAUAAAAUCUAGACAAUAUGUAAAUAUGCUAUAUAUUCUAUAAACAUAUCAUAUGUAUUGCAGUUUCGAUUGUAUGUCCUGGAUUGUUGUCAUGUUGCUGGACACGUUUCAUUCUUGUAAUUUUAGAAUCUGUGUCAGGGUGGAUGUGGAGACACAGGUACAGGUAGAGAAAAAGCUCAGGGGAACACCAUGAAAUCAGAAUCCCCUUGCAUGGGACCUGGAGUAGGGUUUGACCUGUGAUGGCGCUUAGAAUGGGGGCUGGCAGGCAGUAAGACUGAACUUGAAAUUGGAGUUAUCCCAGAAUCUGGAUACGGAUAGUACCUGGGACAGGAGAGGCCAUCCUGGACCCCCACUGGUAGGUUGCUGGGGCAAAUACAACAUCAUCAAAGCUGGCAGAUGGAUUUGGCUCAUUGUCCCUGCAUCAUCAAAGCUAAGGGAUGGAGCCAGCUUGGAAUUUUUUAAACCAGACGGCACAGUUAGUAUGAUGUUUUUGAAACUGGGCUGAAGCCAGCAUGCCAAUUUUCAUUCAUUUUAAAUUUAGUUUCCUAAUUUGGUCAUAGCCAAUUCCGACCUGUCAUUAGGGCACAUCCACAUCAAGGCUACAACUACCGACCUGUGGGGGGAUUGGAGACUAUCACAUGCUUUGAGCCUUGUGACGCCACCAACCACAUCUUUUCAAACUGCUCACUCACACACCGUUAGGAGUGAUGAAAAAAAAACACUGGUAGGACAGCGUUAUCUGAUCCUUCCCCUUGCAUGAGCUCACAGAUGCCCGUGAUUGGCUGUAGAUCAAUCAGCACUCUCUAGGUCCUCGGCUGCAGGAAAGUACAGCAUCACCAGAGAUUCAAACUUGUGAUGUUUGAUUGAUAGGGCAAGCACUUUACCGCUGUGCCACUCGGGGGCAAGCACGCCAAUUUUAAAUACAAAGGGCGGAGCUAGCAUGAGAUUUGAUAAGUCAGGAAGUGGAGCAAGCAGGGUAUUGCAGGGCUUGGUUACGAUGGUGCAUAGCAUAGUUUGGACAAACAAGACCCGGGUAAGGCAGAGCAACCCUUUGUUUAAGGAGAGCAGGGAUUGGUCUGAACAAUAAAGGACAUCAAGUUUGCAUGUUGAGGGAGGCCAGCUUGUCAAUCUGGGCUGUGGGCUGUGUGUGAAGGAAGCCUCCCUGUUGGCCUCACCAUGGUGAACCCAGUGACCCAGUGCUGGUGAUCCACUGCUUCCCUAUUUUCAGUGAGUCAACUUGACUAAAUGAGCGAGAGAUAGAGAGAAAGAUAGUGAUACUACGGCUUUGGGAGCUUUUCCAAGAAACAUAAUGGAGCUUAAUUAAGGAAAGAAAAAUAGAAAAGGACCUCCAAUAGCUUAAGAGCACGAUGGAAAAUCAUAAUAAAAUCAAAAUAAUGUCGUACAAAUACAAAAUAAAGUAAUGAGUCAAAAUUAGGGGGAUGCCAUGACAUUUUUGUAUAAUUCAAAUAUAUUUUGCUUUUUUUGCACCUAUCAUUUUGCACUCCUAUAAAACUGAUAACAUAGUAAAAAAUAUGAUAAAUGUAAAAUAAUUUAUAAUUCUUAUUUUUAAUUGUUUAUUAAUUUAAUAAUAAGUUUGAAUGUUUUCUUUUUUAUACGCCAUUCUCCUCACUAUGAAUAUGUUAAUGAGGGGGUGUGGUCAAAGACAGGAUCUGAAAAGAAAAAACUAAAUUUUGUGUGUGUAUAUAUAUAUAUAUAUAUAUGUAUACUAUUACUUCUAUAAGUAUAUAGAAGUAAUAGUAUUAAAACAAAAGAAAAUGUAUUGUUUUUAGUUUUAUUAUUUUAUUUAUUAUGUUAUUCACUUCAUAUUUGUUGGAUAACCAGUCUGUUAGUAACAGAUAGUUUUGAGGAUUUGAAAAUAAAAUAAUUAGCAAAAAUAUUCUUUUCCACUCAUACUCAGAUUCUUGAUUGAGUUUGUACAGGACGUUGUAGAUGAUGUUAAAAAUGAUGUUAUACUGUAUGUCACUCUGUAAACAGUGUUAUAAUCGAUCGACGUUAUGAAUUGUGCCCUGAAUGACUUUAUGAAUGUUCUUAUGAACUACAUUACAAAUGAUGUUUAUGAAUGAUGUUAAGAAUGAAAAAUGCCAUUAAAAAUUAUAUAAAUGUUUUGA